CUAAGUUGCUUGAAGGAGGCUCUAGUGUGGUCUGCAACUAUGAGCAAGGAUUAUCUAAUCAUACUUUCUCUCCUUCUUUCCACGGUGCUUGCAACUGCAAGUUCUUCUUCUUCUUCUUCCUCCCUCUAUCUUGGGAAGGGCUUCUCCCAUCGCAAAUUGUCUCCCAGUUAUCACAUUCACAAAACCAUUGACGAAUCCUAUGCAGUUAUCUUCGAUGCUGGUAGCACGGGAAGCCGUGUACAUGUCUAUCGUUUUAACCAACAAUUAGAUCUCCUUCGCAUUGGCCAAGACCUUGAGUUGUUUGUCAAGACUAUGCCAGGUUUAAGUGCUUACGCUGAGAAUCCACAAGAUGCUGCAGAAUCUCUUAUUCCACUUUUGGAGGAAGCAGAAGCUGCUGUUCCUCAGGAGUUUCACCCCAGGACGCCAGUUAAACUUGGAGCAACUGCAGGUUUAAGGCAAUUGGAAGGGGAUGCUUCUGAUAGGAUAUUGCAGGCGGUCAGUGACAUGCUCAAGAACAGAAGCACACUGAACGUUGGGGCCGAUGCAGUUUCAGUGUUGAGUGGAAACCAAGAAGGAGCUUAUCAAUGGGUAACAAUUAACUAUCUACUGGGAAACUUGGGAAAGCAUUAUUCAGAAACUGUUGCAGUAGUUGAUCUUGGAGGUGGAUCUGUUCAAAUGGCUUAUGCAGUCUCAGAGACAGAUGCUGCGAAGGCUCCACGAGCACCGGACGGAGUGGAAUCAUACAUAACGGAGAUGUUCCUUAGGGGAAAGAAAUAUUACCUCUAUGUACACAGUUACUUGCGAUACGGUAUGCUAGCAGCUCGUGCAGAGGCUUUAAAGGUUCGUGAUUCUGAAAAUCCUUGUAUUUUGGCUGGCUUUGAUGGGUAUUACGUAUAUGGAGGAGUGCAGUAUAAGGCCAAAGCUCCCCCUUCUGGCUCAAGCUUCAGCCAAUGCCAAAAUGUUGUUGUUGAAGCACUCCAUGUUAAUGCAACAUGCUCUUACAAGGAUUGCACUUUCGGAGGGAUAUGGAAUGGUGGUGGGGGAGCUGGAGAAAACAACUUUUUUAUUGCCUCAUUUUUCUUUGAAGUUGCCGAUGAGGCUGGUUUUGUUGAUCCAAACGCCCCCAAUGCCAAAGUUCGUCCUGUGGAUUUUGAGAAUGCAGCAAAGGUUGCCUGUAACACAGAAUUAAAGGAUCUCAAAUCCAUUUUCCCUCGUGUUAAGGAUGGAGACGUUCCUUAUAUAUGCUUAGAUCUUGUAUACGAAUAUACAUUGCUCGUUGAUGGAUUUGGCAUAGAUCCGCAGCAAGAGAUUACGUUGGUGAGGCAAGUUGAGUAUCAAGAUUCUCUCGUGGAAGCAGCAUGGCCACUAGGCAGUGCCAUAGAAGCCAUAUCAUCAUUACCUAAAUUUGAGAAAUUAAUGUAUUUCAUUUAAGCUUUAAAACGAGGAGCCAUAUGUAUGUGUGGAAUGAACUCCAUCACUCUUAAAUAAAAAUCGUUUUGUUCCUUUUUUUCUAAAUU